AUGCUUUUGCAACGAAAGGUGAUGGAGGAAUAUUUUAUGUUAAAAAUGCCAGGAAUAUCAAUAUCUAAAAUUCAACUUUUAUUAAUUAUCGAUCUCAGUAAAAUGGAUCAUUUAUGUAUUCAGAGUCUAAUGAUUUACAGUUGUUUUUAGAAAUGCUAUAACUGUGAUAAAGGAGGUGCUUUUGCUUUGAAUAAUUCAGAUUUAUAUGAUUAGGGAAGUGUAUUUAGUCAAUUAAGCUCUUUUGAUGGUGGAUCUAUUUACUGUGGAAACUGCUCAAUUUCACUUUAAUCUUCUUACUUUGAAAACAAUUAUGGCUAUAACGGUGGAUAAAUUGUAGUGUAUGAAUAGAUCAGGCUAUUUGAUUCUUAAAAUGUAACAUUUAAAAACUCAAAAUCUUCAUUAAGAGGAGGUGUAUUUUAUUUCUGUUCUGAUAUUCCAAAAUAGGUUUAAACUAACCUUAGAUUAGAAAAUAUCACAAUAUUUGAUGCUUUUGCUAAUUAAGGGGGAGUAUUUAGUAUAAAAUUCAUGUCGUUAAAUUUAAUCAUCAGCAAUAUAUAAAUAGAGAAAGCUGGUGCCUAAAAUGGUGGAGUAUUUUACAUAUCAGAAAUAUAAUCAUUAAAUAUUACCAAGCCAGCCAAAUUCACUAAAUUAUAUGCUUAUAUUGACUAUACAUUUCUCGCAACAUUUGCAAAAGAUUCUUUCUUUUACUUUUCAGAUGUCGAGAUAGUGAGUAACAAUGACAACUUGCUAAAUGUAAUUGAGUCUAGCUAUAUUCAAUCCUCUAUACUUGCGAAACAAUCUUUUUAAGGGACAUCUAUUCAAUUUUAUGGGAGCUCUUAAAUAAUUUUUGAGAGAGUUAAUAUUAUGAAUAGUUAUCUCGGUAGUUUAGGUGGUACUUUUUCAAUCUAAGAUGUAAAAAAUUUUUCUGAUACAAAUUCAACCUAUAAAAAUACUGCUGGAAUUUAAGGAGGCUUUAUGUACAGUUUAAAUUCACCCAUUUUUAUGAGAAAUAUCUAAAUUCAAAAUGCCCUUGCAUACUAUGGAGGAAUAUUUUAUUUAUAUGGCAGUAUUCCUGCUUAUCUAGAUAAUUGCACAUUUUACAACUCAAAAUCAUUAGCUGAUGGAGGACUAUUGUAUUUAAGUGCUGACAAUGUAUGGUAUUACCCAGAGUUCUUAAUAAUAAUCCAGUCAUCAAUAUUCAAAAAUAUUUAGUCAAAAUAAAGCGGUGGGGCAUUCUAUCUAGAUAAUGCCUUUCUUGAAUUAUUAGAAAUAGAGAACAGUUAAUUUAGUAACAUAGAGGCAGAUACAGAUGGAGGAAUUAUUUUGGUAAAUCAAACAGGAAAGGACAUUAUUAUUAAGAAUAACUGUUCGUUUACAGAUUUUAAAGCUGGUGAUGGUGGAGAUGGGUCAUUUAUAUAUUCAACAUCUAAUAAAUUAGUACUUUCAAUAACCCAUUCAAUCAUUAAAAGUAUGGAAACUUUCAAUUAUACUUAAGCAGAGUAAUUUAUACACUAAGGAGAAAACAAAGGAGGAAGUGUAAUUUAUAUUAAAGAUGCAGUAAAAUUGAACAUGACAGAAGUAACAAUUAAAAAUGCAAUCGGAGCAAAAUACGGAGGGGUAUUUCAAUAAAUAAAUACUUUAUUCUAUUUGAGUAAAUUAACGAUAUCUGAGAUAUUUGCAAUAAAUGGAGGUAUACUAUAUCAACUAAAUUCUACUGCUUACAUCGAAUAUUCAAACUUCUCAAGCAUAGAGUCUUAAUUUGGAGGGAUAUUUUUUACUAAUGACAAUUCUUAUAUUUAGACCUAAAAUUCAAUGUUCUUCAAUGUUGUUUCAAGAGUUAGAGGAGGAAUAAUCUCAGUUCAAGAAGAAUCUAAUUAAAAUAAAAAUCCAAGUAAUUACAUAUUUUAAGGCUGCAAAUUUAUGAACAUCAUUUCUUAAUCAGGAGGAUUUGCUUAUGUUGACAAUAUUAAAGCAUCUCUAAGUAUUAUAACUUCAGAUUUCAAAAAUAUUAGAGGUUAUUUAAAUGGAGGCCUGAUUUUAUCAUAAAAUAUAAAGAGUUUAACAAUAAUUGAAUCAAAAUUUGAGGAUAUCUUCUCUAACCAUACAUCAAUACUUGAUUCUACCUCACAAGAUUUCUAGCUUAUUAUUAAAAAUUCAAAAUUUAUCUGCGACAAUGAAUUUGAUACAACUCUAGUACCAAAUUAGCUCAACUCAUCCAGCCCUAUAUACAAUUAUGAAUAUACUAUAAAAAUCUCAAAAGCUAAAUAUGUGAAUUUGACUUAGAAUACUUUUAAAUUAUGCGGCGUAACAUCUGAGGGAGGGGUUUUUGCAAUAUCUUAUACAACCUUGAUUGAUGAUGGAUCUACGUAUGACAGCAAUUAUGGCAUCCAUGGGGGAGUAAUUCAAGGAUCACAAGUAUAAAUUGAUAUUAGGAAUAGUAAAUUUAUUAACAACAAAGCAAAAAGAGGGGGAGUAUUCAGUUUAAAUAGUGCUUCAUAAAUUAACCUUACUGGCUCAAUUUUUCAGCAAAAUUAGGGAUUUUACGAAUCAGGAGUUCUAAAUCUUGAGACAAGUUCUGUAGCAAACGUAUUUAACUGUAAAUUUCUCUAAAAUAUGGCUUCUGAAAGUUCUGUAAUGUUAGUAAUGGAGGGUUCAAAAGAUUAAAAUAUCACUUUCAGGCAAUGCUUAUUUGAGGCUAAUAAAGCUUAGAAAAAUACUAUCUCUGUACUUUAAGCUAAUUUACUGAUAGAGGAUUCAUAAUUCUUAUAGAAUACAGCAACUGAGAGAAGUAAAAACAUUUUUGCUGGUUUUUCAUCUCUCUAUAUCUUUGACACUCUUUUUAGAGGCAUAACUUAUAAGAAUACUGAGAAGUAACUUUAAAUAGAUUAAACUUUUGGAUGUUUCAUUUUCAUUAUACUUGAUGUAAAACUGUACAUAAAAAAUGGCUAUUUUAUUAAUGGACUUGCAAAAUAAGGAGGAGCAAUAUUUAUUACUGGAGAUUCCAAGAUUGAUAUCAUAGAAAGUUAAUUUAACGAGAAUUAUGCUUAUUUAGAUGGAGGAGCUAUUUACUCAUCGGGCUUUUAAUACCUUAAUAUCUUAGAAAAUUCUAAAUUCUCAAAUAAUAGAGCCAACGAGAUGGGAGAUGAUAUACAUGGAGCUAAUACUUUAGGCUAGUUACAUUUGGAAAAUACAAAUUUCAAUAAUCCAGGAGCAUCUUUAUCAAUUUAUGCAGCAAAUCUAGGACUGUACAUGAAUGAAGUUACUAUGAACAAUAUUGGAAAUGAUAAUGAAGAUCAUCAAUAUGGAUCAGCCUUAUAUUGCUUAGAUUGCAAGACUAUCCAUAUUUCAGAUUCUGAAUUUACCAAUAUGAAAAGCUAUCUAGGAGGAGCAUUUUAUAUAGAAGAGUUAACAUAAAAUAAAAUAAAUUCACUAUAAUCCGCGAAAUAUGAAAUUAGAAACUCAAACUUUGUAGAUUGCUAAUCUGUAUCUGGGGGAGCAUUGUAUUUGUUGAAUAUUGAAAAGAUGAUAAUUUCAAAUUCAAAGUUCAUAAGUAAUGAAGUAAUUAAUAGCACUGCAAGUAAUUACUACAAAUACCAUGGCUCAGGCGGUGCUAUAUAUUAUGAAUGCACUGAUUAAAACUACAACUGUGAAUUGACAAUAAAAAACAAUUCAUAGUUUAAUAAUAAUUUUGCUACUAGAUAGGGAGGAGCAAUUCAUUGGGAGUCAUUAGAGCCAAUUAUUUCGGCUGAUGUUUAAUUUUUAAACAACAUCGCUACUCAGUAUGGAAAUGAUCUAUCAUGUUUUGCACAGAGGAUAAUAAAGAUCAAUUAAGAAACUUAUUUGAAUACAAUGAAAAAUUUAGGAAUUGAACAAAGAAGAUAAAGACUCUUAACUGAUUACAUCUAUCCUUCACGUAUUUUGAAUGUCUCAAUAUCAACAUAAAUAAAAAGCUAAAGAAGCGGUGGAACUAUGCCAGGGAUAUAUGUUGCCUUAGUUGAUAAGUAUGGCUAAAUUAUUGGAAUUGAUUAAGAAAGCAAAGUAAGAGUAAACAUAGAUUCAUUUAUCGAAGUAUCUAAGGAAGCUCAAGCAUAUCCACCAAUUAUCGAGGGAUAGUCUUAAUUUGCAGUCUUAGGUGGAGUGGUAUACAUCUAAAACAUAUAAUUUACAGGAACACCUGGAUACUAAUAUAGCUUAACCCUUACAACAGAUGGUAUCGAUUUAAAAAAGAAAUCGAACAAAGAAUAUCUUAGCAAAUCUUAAAACAAUUCAUCAUCAGAUAUUGACUUUAAAGUUUAGGUAUAAUUGAGAGAAUGUGAGAUAGGUGAACAGUUUACAGUAGUUGGAAAAUGCGAAGAAUGUGAAUAUGGAAAUAGCUUUUCACUAGUAAAGAUGAACGAGCCGGGGCUUUGCAAAAUAUGCCCAACUGAUAAAGCACGAUGCUAUGGUGGAACAAAUAUUGGCCCAAAACCUGGAUAUUGGAGGAAAAAUAAUGCGACCUCGUUUUUUAUAUAGUGUUAAUACAUGCCUGCUUGCUUAGGAAUGAUACCACCUGCAAACGAUCCAAAGGGAUCUUGUCUUAAUGGCUAUCAAGGAAUUUUAUGUGCAGACUGCCUAAAAGGUUACUCUCGUUAAGGAGAUUUCAAGUGUUAAGAAUGCCCUAAGACAUCAGUAAAUUCAAUAAGGUUGGUAGCCAUUUUUAUAGCAUUAACUUUGAUGAUAAUAUUCGUUGUUAGAUCUACUCUACUUGGAGCAAAAGAAAAGAAAAAUGUAACAAGUAUAUUUCUUAAAAUCAUGAUGAAUCAUCUAUAACUGAUUAUUCUCUGUUCUGCUUUUAAUUUUGAUUGGCCGAGAUUAUUAAUUGAUUUUUUUACAGAAAUUAAGCCUGUUGCUCAGGUAUCAACUCAAAUACUUUCUUUUGAUUGUUUUAUUGACAAAAGGUAAAGUGAUGAUGAUAAUGAUUAAUUAGAAAUUUUCAGGAUCUUCUACUAAAAAUUAGUUAUGCUCGCAUUAUUGCCGAUUUUGCUGGCUUUUUGCUCUUGGCUGUUUUGGGUGAUUUACCAUAAAAUCAAAUAUUAAAAAGAAGAGUAUGUUAGCAAAAUUAUUACAACACUGAUUAUUCUUUUAUUCCUAGUUCAUCCAAAUAUUGUCCACUAUAUGUUUAACAAUUUUAAAUGCAUAAAUAUUGAUGGAGAUAAUAUGCUUUUGUAUGAUUUGGAAAUCAAUUGUUGGGGUGAUGUUCAUUCUUUAUUUAGUUAUUUCAUUGCCCUUCCAAGUAUAUUCGUUUGGGGACUCGGAAUUCCCUUUUUUGCUUUGAUUCUGCUUAUGAAAGUUAGAAAAAACCUAGAUAGUAUAGAAACAAGAUAAAAACUAGGGUUUUUAUAUAGAGGUUAUAGAAAGAAAUAUCAUUAUUGGGAGAUAAUAAUCAUGUAUAGAAAGAUAUUACUAAUAUUUAUCUCAGUAUUUGUGAGCACCUUUGGAGUCAUGGCUCAAGCAUUGAUUGUAUUUAUUGUCUUAAUCUUAUUCCUAAUUCUAAAUUUAAAAGCUAAACCAUUCAGCACUGUUGCUUUAAAUGAUCUUGAAACUGUUUCGUUGGUCACCUCUAUGAUUACUAUAUAUUGCGGGUUAUUCUUUUUAUCUAAUACUAAAUAGAGUUAGAUAGAUUAAGAUCCUGAACUUAAAGAUAAAGCUGUAUAACUAAGUGAUAAUGUACUUUUCGGCCUUUUUAUAAUAAUAGUAUCAUCAAACUGUAUAUUCUUCUUUUAUUGGCUCUACAAAAUGCUUUUUGAAGUUAAAGGUAAAAUUAUGCGAUCAACUCCUAAACUCUACCUAUUCUUUUGUUCUUGUAGCAAUUAGCAAUAGUUCUAAAAAGAUCUUAAACAACUAAAACUUGAUGAAGAAAACGAUGCUUUAAGAGAAGAAUUUCUAAAAAGUAAAUAUUUUAUCGUUUAUAUUUUAUAUAUAGCUAUUCGAAACAUUAAAUUAAUGUAAUAAGAUGGUAGAAUUAUGCUAAACUAAAAAAAUUUGGAAAAACUUUAAAUUUAUCUGGACUCCUAAAAUAUCAUGAAAGUGAUUAAAUCUGAUAAUAAUAAAAUAGUAAUUGAUGAAAAACAGGGAAGAAGGAAUAGCCGAAAAUAGAAUUUGAAAGAUGCAUUAAAAUUAACAACUAAGAAAGAAUCUAAUAAUCAAUUAGGUGAUUCUUACACUAACACUUUUGAUAAAGAAGACUCUACUUAUAAAGAUAAAUCAUAAAGCUCAUUCUUAGAAAUAUAAAAUAUGUUGACAAAUGAGUAAGAAGAGAAUAAAAUAAAUACAAACAUUUAUAACACAUCUGCAAGUUAGGAUUCGUUCAAGUUUUUUAAUUCUCUUAAAAGAGAUAGAGCACUUACUCAUGACAUUUUAGUGAAAAAUGGGAAUAGAAGUCUACGACUAAGUCCGUUAGUUAUAUCUAAGGAUUAAUAUGUAGAUGACUUAGUUAAAGUAAUAAGAGAAGGUCCUCAUAAAUAAUUGAAAUAAAUUAUUCCUUAAACAUUCGAUUAAUAAGAAGAUCAAUCUAUUACAAUUUCUGAUUCUGAAAGGAUCACAGAUAACAAUAACAGUCCAUAAUUCAGAUUUGAUUUUAGGAAUCAUCUUUACAACAAAGUUCAAGUUGAUUAAGAAGAUGAAAUUCUUGAUGAUUAAUAUAAUCAGGAAAGAGAUAUCAUAAUUUACAAUGAUAGAAUAAGAGAAAUCAUUAAUGCCUAGAAAAAUGCUGAAAGAGAAAUUCAAUAAAAUAAAGACUUCUAAUCUGCCAUUCAAAUUUAAAAGAAGAAAAAAAGAAACAAAUCUCUCAAAUAUAAUGAGGGAUAGAAAAUUUAAAGAAUUAAGACAGUAGUGAUUAAAAAGCAAGUAAGAAGCCCCAGAAAAAAUAAUCUGGUAUAAUAUUAAAUUGAUUAAGAAGAAAAAUCUCUUACAAUACAAGAUAUUACAUCACUUUCACCUAAAGGAGCUAAUUAAAACGAAGAAGUUUUUAAGUUUAGGGAAAUACCAAAAGCUAAAUUUGAAUAAGCAAAAUUUGAUUAGAUAAUUUCAAAUGUUAAGAUUGAUUCUCUAUCUUUGCCUUCAGAUUAAGAUAAUGAUAAAACUUAUUUCAAUGAUAAAAAUAUUGAUCAUAAAAUGCAUUUGGAUUUCAAAGAUUAAGUAGAUUUAGAUAGCAAGUACUUUGAAUCGCUAGAUUUGGAAAAUAUUCAGUAAUUUAUAAAUGAAGAGUUUUAAGUUUAAGACUUAAAUUAAAGAGACAGUAUUGAUGUUAAUGACUAUGAUCAAAAUUGA